AUGGCAGAUGAAAUCAUACUGUCUAAAGUGAAAACCAUCAUGGGAUGUGUCGAUCAGAAAAUACCUAGCCAAGACAACAAGCUAAACAAUUUCCUGAGGGAAAAAAUCAAUGGUUUGGAGACAGACAAGAGGGAGGUGGUCGGUGUCUUUGGCAAACCCGGGGCUGGAAAGAGCUCUUUGAUAAAUGCCGUCAUUGGAGUGAAGAAUCUCUUGCCCUCUGGAAGAGUCAGUGCAUGUACCUCAGUCAUGAUUAAAGUGGAGGCUAACAUGCAGAACUCAAAGUAUGAGGCAGACAUUGAGUUCAUUACAGAAAAGGAGUGGACCGAUGAGCUGUGGUUCUUAAACUUCCUCGGGGAUAAUGUGGAUCAGGUAGGUAAUCAGAAAGAUGACGAUGAUCGUCGGGACAUUGUUGAAAAGCUGUCAGCACUGUAUGGAGAAGACUGGGAAAAAAGAUCUUGUGAAGAGCUAAAGGAUGGCAAAUAUUUCAAAGAGAUCCCAGAAUUUCAACUUCGCAAGAAAAAGAUUUUGACAGGCGGAUCAGCUGAAGAGCUAUCUGCGAAAUUAGUCAAAUACACAAGAAGCGGCCCAAAAGAUGGAGAAGUGAAGAGGUGGUAUUGGCCACUAGUGAAGUGUGUGACUAUCAGGGUGCCAAAUAAUGAUCUUCUUAAGCAUGUCACAAUUGUUGAUCUUCCUGGAAAUGGGGACCGUAACAAGGGCAGAGACAAGAUGUGGCAACAGGUCGUUGGAAGUUGUUCCACUGUGUGGAUCGUGACUGACAUAAAUCGAGCUGCGUCAGAGCCAGAAGCCUGGGAGAUCCUGAAAAGUGCCAGUAGCUUCAUGGGAAAUGCUGGCGAGUGUCGGCAUAUUCACUUUAUCUGCACCAAGUCUGAUCUUAUUGAAGAUUCAGAAGAUCAUUCACCAGCUGGUGUUCGUGAUUUCAUAUUGAAAGCAAACGAUCAAGCAAAGAAAGAAGUGAGAGAAGAAUUCAGCAAACUAAACACGGUUAAGAAACAUUUCAGUGAUGAAAGUUUCGAAGUGUUCACAGUGAGCUCCAAAGAGUUUCUAAAACCGAAACUUCUAGAUCAAGAUGACACUGAAAUACCCAAACUUCAGAACUUUCUCCAGAAUCUCAAUGACCGUCACUCAGAGACGUUAAACUAUGUGUCUGGAGCUCUUGGGAUUCUCUCUCUGAUUCAAGGGGCCAGCCGUAGAGAAGGGGCUGACAUAAAGACAGCUGUUUGCACAGACCUUAAACAAGAGAUGAGGCAUGAACUUGGUAAAAUCAGGGAACCCAUGAAAGAGACUUAUCAGGGUUUCAAAAAAUGCCUCAGUGAGGGGGUUGAAAAAUCAAAAAGUUCAUGGGAAAAAGUCUUGAAGUCGGUCAUACAUCCUAGAAAGACAGGUAGUGAAUUACACAGGACUCUGAAGGCUAUAGUAGAGGGCGAUGGCAUCUUCAAAAAAACAAGAACACAUGAAGAAAUAAACCUCAAUAUGAAGUUAUCUGCAUGCCUGACUGAGAGCAUUGAUGAAAAAUUCAAGAAGACCUUCUCAAAUGAAGGAAAACCAUUCAAUGGCGUCCUGAAUUCGUUUUCACUUGACACGAAGAAGAUGAGGGAGAAAACAGUGUACAAAGAUGUUGAGCUGCAACUGAUAUUUCUCCAUAUAGAGGAAGAAAAGAUGAAGACGAAACUCAACAAAAUCAUCCGCGAUCGUAAGAAAGAGAUUUACAGCAGUCUGACGACAACAAUUCAGACAGCCAUGCAGGAAUGCUACAAUGAUGCAAAACAAAUUAGUGGAACAGGGAUACUGCAAAACAUGAGGGACACUAUUGUGAAGCACGUACAUGGGUCAAAGGACGUCAUGUUUCAGGAAGCUAAAGAUGUUAUGUUGAACCAGCUGAGGGACUUGAUGAAUGACAUCCUGGAGAACCUGGAAAAAACAAUGCAGGAAUCAAUCGAGCUGUCGCUCAAGACUGAUGCUGUCUCAAUCCCAGACGUUACAGUGGAGCUUGAGAUGGUGAGGAACCACCACAAAGAACUGAAGGGAAGCCCAGAUGAAGAAAACCACUAAUCUGUGCUGCACAGCUGAUUACCAACUGAAGAGUCCCGGAGGCUCGCUGAUUAGAGCCGGGAGGCCUCUGGAUUGAUCUCCACCAUUUUUGUCAGGCCAUUUAAUCCAUUUUCUCUUUGAGUGUUGUUUUGAUAUGUACUUUGAAUUAGCUUCUUGUGAAUUAAAUGCAUAGAGAUUUAAGAUUUUUCAAUAUUUGGUAGCGCAUUUUUGCUUUUAAAUGAUAAAAGAUGCAGACAGAAAAUGUGUGGGGGUGAGAGCGGGAUGUCAUGCAGCAAAGGUCCCCAGUUGGAAUCAAACCAGGGACACUAGGGUUUUCACGGUACUGGUCUUAGUCACCAGUCCACUAUGAUAUCUCAGAUACAUUUUGUUUUUAAUGAUUCGAUUUCUUCGUCUUCUAUAUAUUUUUAAGUUUUUUGUGUAAUUUUUAAUCUUAGUUUAGUAUUGGUAGAUUGAUU